UUUGAGAUAGAAAAGGAAAAAAGACCUGUUUGUGUUCGAUGUCCAACUCCGAAGAGCAGCCCCGUGCGAAGAAGACCAAGAGAGAAGCGUUUCCGUUAUCGUGUUUGCCAGAUGAUUUGGUUCUUAACUGCCUUGCUAGAGUCUCGAGACCAGACCUCGCGGCCUUAUCUAUGGUCUCCAAACGCUAUCACUCUCUAGUGGCGUCGCCUGAUCUCUACAAGAUCCGAUCGCUGAUUGGUCGCACCGAAACAUACGUCUACGUAUGCUUACGAAUCCCUACUCCUGUUCCAAGCGUGCGAUGGUAUAUCCUCCGCCGUAGAAAAACCCUGGACGCCUCUGAUCUGAUUCCCAUCCCUUCGCUCCCCUCCCAGCCUCUGGAAGCAUCCUCCGUGGUGGUGCUGGACUGUAGCAUAUAUGUGAUCGGUGGGUUGAUAGAGGGAGAGCAGCGCACUUCAGAUGUCUGGCGCUUGGAUUGUCGGACUCACGUGUGGCACCCUGUCCCUUGCAUGGGAGUGGCUAGAGCUUACGGGGCUGCUGGUGUUGUAGACGGGAAGAUAUACGUGUUUGGAGGCUGUGAUGUAGAUGAUAACUAUGGAGAGGUAUUCGACCCGAAGACUCAGACUUGGAAUCCUUUGCCGCCUAUGCCGAAACGGAAGAAGCAUAUCCACAGCAGUAUGGUGAGGGAUCAAAAGGUUUAUGCAUUGGAUGACAAGGAGAGAACGUUUUACUACUCGCCGAGGGAAGGUAAAUGGGGAACAGGGAAUCGCGGACAACUGGUAGGAUACCGAAGGGAUUGGUGUAUGGUUGAUAACUUGCUCUUUUGUCUGAGCAAAAACGGAGUUAUAUUGUGGUGCGAGCCGGGUGAGUUGGAUUUGCGUGAAACAGAGAGGGUGAUGAAGGUAGAGGCGGUCAGGGGUUUUACUUAUAGAUCUCUCUACCAGAAGCUCUUUCUUUCCAGACUUGUCCACUAUGGUGAUCAGAUUAUUGAUCGUUGGGAAGAAAAGUGGAUCAUGGAUGGUCGACCCCCGUUAAAGAUUCCCAAAAGAUGGAAAAAGUUCAGGUUCGAACGUUUACGUCCAGGUGCCAGAAUGUGCAGCUCCGGUGGGAAGAUUGUGCUUUUCUGGGACGAGAUUUCAUUGGAGGGAGGAUAUCUUCAUCAUAUUUGGUGGGCGGAGAUUUCAUUGGAGAGACUCCAAGGAGGCGAGAUUUGGGGCUACAUUGAACGGUCUAAUAUUCUCAUGCCUGUUGAACCUGUUAAAGCCCACAAGAAGGCCUUUAAGAUAACAGCAUAUACUGAAUAUCACUGCCCCUUAAAUCCACCCACAAAUAGCCUCUGUCAAUGACAUCUUCCUUCUCUUUGCAACUACUGUUGCUGGAUGUAGUGAAGAAGAUACCGCUGCUGUUGUCUUAUUCUUUUUCUUGGCAUCUCCAGAUGCAGAUUGAGCUGUUCUAGCUAGCUAGCUGCUUGGAUUGUAAGUACCGAGUUUUAGCCUGAGAUUUCUCCUGGGAAUCAGAAUAAGUUGCUGUUGAUGGUAGUAGUGAUAAGUGUAAUACUUUUGGUUGGCAUAACUCUGUCCAAAGUUUCCAUCAGCUUCGUGUUUCCAUUACACAGA